AUGCCCGGCGAAGCGACAGAAACUGUCCCAGCCACAGAGCAAGAGUUGCCACAACCCCAGGCUGAGACAGGGUCUGGAACAGAAUCUGACAGUGAUGAAUCAGUACCAGAGCUUGAGGAACAGGAUUCUACACAGGCAACCACGCAACAGGCCCAGCUGGCAGCAGCCGCUGAGAUCGAUGAGGAACCAGUCAGUAAAGCAAAACAGAGUCGAAGUGAAAAGAAAGCACGAAAGGCUAUGUCCAAACUGGGACUUCGACAAGUGACAGGGGUUACUAGAGUCACCAUCCGGAAAUCUAAGAAUAUCCUCUUUGUAAUCACAAAGCCCGAUGUCUACAAGAGCCCAGCUUCAGAUACCUACAUAGUCUUUGGGGAGGCCAAGAUUGAGGAUCUCUCUCAGCAGGCACAGCUAGCUGCUGCUGAGAAAUUCAAAGUUCAGGGUGAAGCUGUUUCAAACAUACAGGAGAACACACAGACUCCAACUGUACAAGAAGAAAGCGAAGAGGAAGAGGUUGAUGAAACAGGUGUGGAAGUUAAAGACAUAGAAUUGGUCAUGUCCCAAGCAAACGUAUCCAGAGCAAAGGCUGUCCGAGCACUAAAGAACAACAGUAAUGAUAUUGUAAAUGCAACUAUGGAAUUAACGAUGUAACAAUCUGGAGACAAAGACAUUUUUUCAGUGUUUCAGAGAAGAUUAAAUGCAACCCGAUUUGAAAUUUGUACUGUUUCUAUCAAUAAAGUUGUGGCUUCUUGUUGGAUGAAAAAAAAAAA